AUGGUCCGCCUCACCGCAGCCGCGCUCGCCAGCGCGCUCUUCCUCGCCGCCGCAGACGCACUCCCUUCGCCCGUCGUCUUUUCCACAAACUCGUCCGACUCCCUCGCAAGCCAGCAGCUCGAGGCGCGCUACCAAGUCCUCCCAGACAUCUCCCAGCUUGACCGCCGCUACACAUCCACCUUCACCCCACCCUCCGGAUACCGCUUCUCCUGGGGCAUCGACGGCUCGCGUGUCUCCUACGGCACCUCCUCCGGCGAAUACAUCACGAGAUCCACCAUCUCCGGUGCAUCCGCCGUCGGUCAGUCCGAGGUCACCACCUGCGGUGCAAGGUGCGAAGCUACCAAUGGAUGCGGCUUCUUCCAUCCCGUACAGAUGAGCGGCGGUUCAGAAGGCUCUGUCAUCUGCGCACUCUACAAGGUAAAGCAGUCCAAGUCCGCAGCCACCUACACCAGUGGUGCAGGAAGCAGCGGCGGCACCGUCAGAUUCUCCUACGGCUUCACUCGCGACGCCGGGCCUUCGUCCGGUACUGCCAGCAGUUCCGGCUCGGCUUCAGGAUCCGGUUCGGGCUCUGGAACCGGCUCUAGCUCCGGUUCGGGCUCGGGCUCCACCACGGGUUCCAACGGCCUCCCGACCCCUCCCUCGGGUGCCACGCUCAUCCAGUACAAGGGCUGCUCCAGCUCCUCGGCUACCGUGCCCAUGUUUGUCAACAAAAACUACCCCAUCUCAGGAUCCACCUCGGCCUCCACCGUCUGGAUCGUACAGCACGGCUCGGGUCGCAACUUCAACGACUACUUCUCCUCCAUCCGCAACGUCGUCGGCGAUGCAGGCGUCAUCAUCGCCCCCAACUUUUACGCCACCAGCGACUCGGGCGAGUGGUUCCAGCCCGCCAAGAACCUCGCCUGGAGAUCCAACGACUGGUUCAACGGCGACGACGCCAUCGCACCCUCGGGCGUCUCUUCGUGCUCCUCCUUUGACGUCUACGACUCGAUCCUCGCUCUCGUCCGCGACAGGUCCAAGUUCCCCAACGUCAGCCGCGUCUUUAUCGUCGCCCACUCGGGCGGCGCCAGCAUGAUGGCCAAGUACGGCAUGCUGCGACCCAACACGGGCGCACGCUACGUUCUCGCCAACUCGCCCUCGAUGCCCUACUUUACCACCGCCCGUCCCAACGCUCCCACCGGAUGCUCCAACUACAACUCGUUCGGCUAUGGAUGGGCUGGCCCGCUUAACCGCUACGUCUCGGCCCGCACCCCCGGAGGUCAGCAGGCGUUCCGCAACUGGAUCACUCAGGACAUUACGCUCAUGACCGCCGACCUCGACACCUACUCGCGCGACGCCAGCGGCGACCAGAGCUGCCCCGUCCAGGCGCAGGGCGGUCAGAACCGCAGAGACAGGGGUUACGCCUUCUGGGCCUACAUCAACCUCCUCGGCGGCACCUCCACCGACGUCUCCCAGUACUAUGGCUACGACUCGCUCAAGCAGCAGGGCGUCUCGUCCCUCGGCGCCUCUAGGUUUGGCGCCAGGCAUUGUGUUGUCGACAAUGUCGGUCACGACAACUAUGCCAUGUUUGCGAGCGACUGCGGUCGUGCUGCCAUCAACGGCGCAAGCUCCAUCCCCGCCGGUCCCGGUCCCGUUAGACCUUAG